AUGUCUUACGAGAAGGGUUACCAUGUAAGAGCGCUUGUCGGCUUUUUUGGUUAUGAUUUUAAAGUAUCGGCAACCAUACCCCUUGACCAGUCUGGCCUCACGGUCGCCGCGACUUACGAAGGUACUGUUGACCUGUCGUUUGCCAAGUUCAAUAACACAACGGUUUCGAUUAUCACUGUUAAAGAAGAAAGUGCUACUGUAUACGGAGCGAAAGCUGAUCUCACGCUGUUCAUGAAGAGCGGGUUCCAUAUAGACCUCAAGUACCAGCGGGGACGAGAGCUAUACUCGGCCACAGGUAGUUACCGGGGCACAGAUACGAUCCUGGGUUUGUCAAAUCCCACAGUGACGCUGACGUACGACAACAAGACGGGGUUGAUGAGCAUCAAUAAAUGGCCUACCUACCAGGAUCUGAAAGACAGGCUUUCGACCGUGGCGUUUGCAGAAGGUCUGAAGGAAGCAUCAGGCCGAGAGAUGACGUGCGAGAAGAUUGUGCAGCUUAUCUUCAAGGAGAUUAUCACGACGCAGUACGAUAUGGAGUUCAAGGGCGCGUCAGUUAGCGACACACAUCUUCUGCUGAACUUUUCAGGCACAUGGGAUGUCAAGAUCGUCCUCGAACCUCCAGUUACAAUCGCAAAGAUACCCUUACCAGAAAUCUCUAUACAGGUCUCCAAGAAGCUAUCCUUGGAUCAGCUUGGAGCGGCGAUAGUGAAGAUGCUGGUGGAUAAUAUCUCAUCUAUAGCCUUGCAGCUCUUGCAGCAGCCCCAGAAACUGGCUACGUUUUUCGGGGCUCUGGUGGUAAAGGAAUACGUGCAGCAGACCAUCACAGCACUUAUUUGCCGUCGAGUGGACAGGCCAAACGUCAGAGAACGAGCUGAUCAACUGAUCGAAGAGAACAACAGAGAUGUCAGAAGCAACCGACAAAGAAUCGAUGAAGAGGUUGGUCGGAGCAGUGCGAGCAGCAGUAUUGAAGUCGUGGGAGGCUCAUUGGCCACGGCUGACGGUCUUCUCGACGGCUUAAUCACAUUGUUUGGCUUGAUGGGCUCACUGGUUGGGGUCUACAGUGUCAUGGCUCCUGGCAAAGCGGAUGAGUUGAAGAAGAAGGCUGCUGAGGCUAAGCAACAAAAGGAAAAGGCUGAGGCCAAGGUUGCUGAGUUGAAGGAGCGUCUUGUCCAGGGACUUAGCCUCGAUCCUCAAGUUCCAAUCUCAACCAGCUUCAAACACGACGAGACAAUUAUGCUAGACUGGUCCAAGGUGCCUCUCAAGUUCCAGGCUGAUGCUACUCCUCUCUCUUGGGACAUCAUCUUUAGUCCAAGAGAUGACAUAAAUAAUCCUGACGCGAUCAUGAUGUCAACCGCGAGUGCUUCACGAACCUUCACGACACCGCCCACUAGUAUUUCUUAG